AUGAAUAACCACUGUCAAUCCAAAAUUAAGUUUCCCUUUAAGUUCCCUAAAAAUAGUCCAGCUCAACACCAGUUUGCAACUUGAAAUAAUGUUAUUACAUGUCAUCUGGAUCAGAACUGGGACUUUUACCAACAUAGUCAAUCCGCUUAACCGAGCCAUAACUUCUUAUCACAUUUAGUGAAACUUCUGACAGAAUGGGGAGUUCAGAAGAGAUAAACUGUUCCAGGAAUGUUCCGGUUCUGCGGUGUUCCAAAGUUACUGUUCUUUGGGUACAUCUACAGUAUAGUGUAUAGAGGCAGAAAACGAUAAGUUUAUGCAAAAGAUUGCAAUUAUAAAGAGCGACUUGGAUAAAACUAUUGCAGCUAUAUGUCUAAAGACAAUAAAGACUUCAAUUUGAUUUGAUUAGUGGAAACCCAUGGGGUAUGGGCUUAUUGUGUGGGGUGGAUACUUUCCUGGAAAUCUCAACAGGGUGCUCAUACUACAGAAAAUAGCCAUAAUAACCCUUGCUGAUCUUGAACCACAACAAAGCUACAGACAAGCUUUCCAAUCUAAGGGAAUAAUGACCGUUACUGGGCUGUACAUUCAAGGAGCAAUUUUGCAUGCUCAUCAGCUGAAUCUGCAAACAGGGAAAGACCUCCACUCACAUAACACCCGCCACGCAGCCAACUUUGUUCUGCCUCCACACCGUACAGCACUUUGUAAAAAAAAAGCCAUCUUACAUGAGCCGAAAACUGUGAAACACUCUACCAGACACUAUCUAAAGACUAAAGUGAGAAGCUCUGAAGAGGAAACUCCACAACUUCCUUGUAAACCAGACAUUUUAUACCCUUGAAGAAUUCCUAGAAGCACGUAGGGAAGAAUGGAGAUUCCAAGAUGCAUCCCGACAUCAUUUAUUGUCAACAAUAUUAAUUUUAACAACUGUUAUCUUUUAAACAUAUGUGACUCUAUUACUAUUCUUAAAGAACAUAUAAGUAAAUACAUUUGUCUAAUGUCAAAUGUUUUUAAUGUUUGGCCUUUUCAAGGCUUAAAUAAUUGCACUUGUUCAGGUUUAACUCAGUAGUGUGAGUUGAGUAUUUCUUUCCAAUUGUUUACAUACUGCAGUGCAGAUGGAAACAAGGCUUUUAAUAAAAUUCAUUUACAUUUUCAUAUAAACAAUAAACCUUUAGAAAAAUAUAUGGCUAUCGAAUGCUUAAUUUUCUCUUCAGUUUAAAUAAAUUGGCCUUGAAAAUCUUUUGUGAAAUGGCCACUAGUUUAAAUAAUUUAACCAGUAAAGCACUGCUAAUUAAUGAUAGGCCUGACAACUAAUCAGCAGUUGGUGAUAUACAAGUAUAUACCUGGUCGUUAGUACGUUAAGUGUGACACUCAAGAUCCACUACUCUCUACAUAGACUUCUGAUCUAUUUAUUAAAUUCCACUAAACAUAUGCAUCAAAAGUUUUACAAUGUUACAAGUUGGAAAAAGGCAUAAAUCUACUAGUUACCUUAACCAUGGUUAAUUUAUUUAUUUAAAAUUCACUGAGAACUUAACAAGUCCAUUGGUAGAAAACAAAAAGUGGCUUUGUUGUGAAUGUGAGUCUUACCUAAUAUUUCAAAAGUAUUGUAUUAGCAUAAAACUGUUUAAAAUCAAGAAAGUUCUAUGAUUAGACACAGAAUAUAUGAGCUUUAAUAAAUAUAAAAUAAAUAAUUAUAAAGAAAAUAAUUCUUGAAUAUUUAAAUUACAGUAAACCUAGUUGAUGCAAGAAAUACUUUCAUGGUUCAAAUAAUUAAUUUUCAAAUCUUAAAGUUUAAGGAGAAAUAAAAUAAUCACACAAAUAAUGAUUUGAAUAUCCA